AAUCAGCUCUCUCUCUAUCUCUCUCUCUCUCUGUGGUGAAUCUUGCCCAUCGGUUUUUUUAUUUUUAUUUUCUAAAGCUGGCAAUUUUCUCAGUGGAACUUCGCUUACAGUUACCCAUCAGAGGGUUUGCAGAUUUUUAUUGUUGGGUGUUUAAACUCAUUGUUAGGGUUUUUCGUUCGAGAAACAGGAAGGCUGAGGCUUUUUCAUUCGUUUCCCGUUAUCUGCAAUUACAUCUGUUUCUUUCUCUUGAUCAAGUUGAGAUUUUCAUCUGCAGCUAUAAGGUUUCUGUGUGUGCGCGCGCGCGUGCGUGCAAGGAAGUGGGCCUUUUUCAAUCACAUAUCUGUGGAUUGUCCGCAUAGAUUGCUUCAAGUCCGGGGUCUUAGAUGGCCGAACCGCUGGGACUGCUGAGGGUGACCGUAGUUCAGGGAAAAAAGCUGGCGAUCCGAGAUUUCAAGACUAGCGAUCCUUAUGUCAUAGUCAAACUGGGCAGCCAGUCAGCCAAGACCAAAGUGAUCAACAAUUGCCUCAAUCCUGUCUGGAACGAAGAAUUAAGUUUUACCCUCACAGAUCCUGCAGCUGUUCUCACACUGGAGGUAUUUGAUAGAGAUCGGUUCAAGGCAGAUGACAAGAUGGGCCAUGCCCAUCUCAGCCUUCAACCGCUCGUCUCCGUUGCUAGACUGAAGCACAUCAUACGUGUCUCCUCAGGUGAGACAAUGCUUAGAAAGGUCUUGCCAGAUUCAGACAACUGUGUUUCGCGUGAGAGCACCAUCAGUUGCAUAAGUGGGGAGGUAGUUCAGAGUGUGUGGCUGAGGCUUUGUGCAGUUGAGUCGGGUGAGAUAGAGCUGAAGAUCAAAUUUGUGGAUCUGCCUGCCCAGCCAACGCCUAAUGAGCAAGUGUAAUCUCUGUAAUUUCCCCCUAGACGUUUUGUUAUGCAUUGUUUCAAAUGAAAUGUGAGGGCUUGAAAUGGCUAGUUCAUGUGUUCCAGAUUAAUUGUAUUAUACAUAGACCAAUAAUAAUUCAAUGCAAGACUGUAUGUUGUUGUUG